AUGUGUAUUUACAGAGAAGAAGCGGCGAUUACAAUGGAGGGCCAAUUCUUAGUUCGUCUUAUCUAUGAAGAUGAAAUUACUUACCACAUUGUUUUUGCUGCUGAAAAAUGUCUUGGUAUACAAGCGGCGGACAUUUUAGAGCUCUUUGGACGCAUGUUUUUUGACUUUUGCCAAGAAUCGGGAUAUGACAGCAUUUUGCAAGUACUUGGAGCAACGCCGAGAGAUUUCCUUCAAAAUCUCGAUGCUUUACACGAUCAUCUGGCAACUAUAUAUCCCGGUAUGCGAGCGCCUUCCUUCAGAUGCACAGAAAGGCCUGAAGAUGGAACUUUGAUACUUCAUUAUUAUUCGGAGAGAGCUGGACUAGAGCCUAUUGUCAUUGGUAUAGUAAAGGCAGUUGCUUCAAAGCUACACAAAACAGAAGUAGAAGUGGAAGUGGUUCAAAAUAAAAGUAGCACAUGUGACCAUGUACAGUUUGCUAUCACAGAUCGUAACGCCGCAAAAAGACAAACAGAGCAGGAAACGGAAGAAUUUGAGACGCUGUCGAUAGAAAAUAAAAUCAGUCCUGCCACCUUCUGCAGAGCUUUCCCUUUCCACAUCAUGUUUAACAGAAAUCAUAUGGUGCAGCAGGCUGGAACAUCUAUAGCCAGAGUCUUACCGAGUAUAACACUUCCUUCGUGCAAAGUGACCGAUUAUUUCUCUAUGGUUCGUCCCCAUGUCAACUUCACAUUUAAUAACAUUUUGGCUCACAUCAAUACAGUUUUUGUACUUAAAAUGUUGGAGGCAGAGAAUUCGGAACAGAGCAUGAGAUUGAAAGGUCAGAUGUUGUACAUCCCCGAUACAGAUUUGAUGCUUUUCCUCUGUUCGCCAAGUGUUUUGAAUCUGGAUGACUUGCAUAGACGGGGCCUGUAUCUGAGUGACAUUCCGUUGCAUGACGCAACAAGAGAUCUCGUUUUGCUUUCAGAACACUUCGUUGCGGAGUAUAAAUUGACGAAGAAUCUCGAGAUAUUGACAGAUAAACUGCAAAAUACCUACCGAGAACUUGAAGAUGAAAAAAGUAAAACUGACAAGUUGUUGUAUUCCAUUUUGCCACCGUCUGUGGCAAAUGAAUUAAGGCAUCAAAGACCAGUUCCAGCAAAGAAAUACGAGAGUGUGACGAUUCUUUUCAGCGGCAUUGUGGGGUUCAGCCAGUAUUGCGCAAAAAACUCUGAUUCAGUCGGAGCGAAAAAGAUUGUUACUCUUUUAAACAAUAUUUACACAACUUUUGACGUACUUAGUGACCCAAAAAUCAAUCCAAAUGUUUAUAAGGUUGAAACUGUUGGAGACAAGUAUAUGGCUGUAAGUGGACUGCCUGAACCAUGUGAAAGUCAUGCUAAGUGUAUUGCUCGUCUUGCUUUAGAUAUUAUGGAUUUAUCGAAAGAAGUAUUCACCGAGGACGGAGAUCCAGUGAAAGUUACCAUUGGAAUUCAUAGUGGAGAAGCUGUUACCGGAGUUAUAGGAAAGCGUAUGCCUCGGUAUUGUCUCUUUGGCAAUACUGUUAAUCUAACAAGUAGAACAGAAACUACGGGAGAGCCAGGGAAAAUUAAUGUAUCUGAUGAUGCUUACAGGUGUUUGCAAGAACCACAAAAUUUUGAUCCACAGUUUCAUUUUGAAUAUCGUGGCCCAGUGCAAAUGAAAGGAAAGAAAGAACCUAUGAAAGUAUGGUUCUUGUCAAGAAACGAAAACGUGAAUGCAUCUUAA